GGGAUUUUCUCACUCCGUAUAUGUGCGAGUGCUUCGCUGAGAUAGCUACCCUGAACACAGGACGGACUGGCUGACCGAGUGACUGACCCGGAGCCGCUCACCAGAGUGCAGGCAGCGGCCAGCCACCCUGCAGCGGGCCGACGGGCGGGAAGCGCGGUGCGUCCUCAGGGGGAGGGAAAGGUGCGGCACCGCCCCGGCCCCCGCGCCGCCCUUUCAAGUAUCGCGUGAGCGGCCCCGCUGCCCGACGCCACGUCCUGCCGGUGCCGCUGGGGAGCGGCGGCCAUCGAGCCGGGAAGGGGCUGCGGCCGGGCGAGGCUGAAGGAAGAAAGGAUUUAAUGAACUCACGGCCAGUCGAGAUGGGGAGACGUCGAAAGCAGCAGCAAGGUGCCUGAUCGGCCUUGUGCCCCUGCUCCCUGUCUUUGGAACGAGAAGAGGAAGAUGCGUGUUAUGAACCUGUGGAAAGACAGUCCGUGUAACUGCUGGUAGAAACUAUGCACUGAAGUGGGAGAUCCUGACGAAAUGGGGGUGCUUGUGUUCUUCGUGCCUUGUAGCUUUCUCCUGACUGUAGUGCGAGGGCACAGCUUGUUCACAUGUGAACCUAUUACUAUUUCCAGAUGUUCAAGAAUGCCUUACAAUAUGACUUUUUUCCCAAAUAUCAUGGGACACUAUGAUCAGGACACUGCUGCACUCCAGAUGGAGCCUUUUCUUACUAUUAUGAAUCUUAACUGUUCACCAGACGUCCAUACAUUUCUGUGCAAAGCAUUUGUUCCUGCCUGCCUGGAGCAAGUUCACGUCAUUCACCCUUGUCGUAACCUCUGUGAGAAGGUGUAUUCUGACUGCAAACAACUGAUUGACACUUUUGGAAUCACGUGGCCUGAAGAGCUUGAAUGUAACAGACUAGUCGAUUGUGACGAGACUGCUCCUGCCACUGCUCCUGUAACCACCAAUGCACAUGGAACUCAGAAGACCCCAGGGCAGACACGAAGGGAUUAUGGAUUCUGGUGUCCACGACACCUACACACUUCCAAUGGACAAGGCUACAAGUUUCUGGGCAUCGAUCAGUGUGCGCCCCCGUGUCCCAAUAUGUACUUCAAAAAUUACGAAUUGGAUGUUGCAAAAAGCUUCAUUGGAAUAGUUUCAAUCUUUUGUCUUUGUGCUACGCUUUUCACAUUCCUUACUUUUCUGAUUGAUGUUAAAAGGUUCAGGUACCCAGAGAGGCCGAUCAUAUACUACUCCGUCUGUUACAGCAUAGUGUCUCUAAUGUACUUCAUUGGAUUUCUUCUUGGGAAUAGAACUGCCUGUAACAAGGCAGAUGAUAAGCUAGAACUUGGGGAAACGGUUGUUCUCGGCUCCCAAAACAAAGCCUGUACAGUCCUUUUCAUGGUUUUGUACUUUUUCACUAUGGCAGGAACCAUCUGGUGGGUGAUUCUGACAAUCACUUGGUUCCUUGCAGCAGGAAGAAAAUGGAGUUGCGAAGCUAUUGCACAGAAGGCCAUGUGGUUCCAUGCAGUCGCGUGGGGGAUACCCGGUUUUCUAACCAUUAUGCUUCUUGCCAUGAACAAAGUGGAAGGGGACAAUAUCAGUGGAGUUUGUUUUGUGGGUCUCUAUGACGUGGAUGCCUCUCUGUACUUCGUGCUUUUGCCGUUAUGCCUUUGUGUUUUUUUUGGUCUCUCUCUUCUUUUAGCUGGUAUUAUCUCUUUAAAUCAUGUGCGGCAAGUCAUACAGCACGAUGGCAGAAACCAAGAGAAGCUAAAGAAAUUUAUGAUCAGAAUUGGAGUUUUUAGUGGUUUAUACUUGGUGCCGCUUGUGGCCCUUCUCGGAUGUUAUGCCUAUGAACUGGUGAACCGGAAGAUCUGGGAAACAACUUGGGUGUUUGACCACUGUGACCAGUACCAUAUUCCUUGUCCCUAUCAGGCAAAGGCACUGGCAAGACCAGAAAUAUUUCUGUUUCUGAUGAAAUAUUUGCUGACGUUAAUUGUUGGCAUAUCUCCAGUGUUCUGGGUGGGAAGUAAAAAGACCUGUUCGGAAUGGGCCAAUUUCUUCAACAGAAACCGCAAAAGAGACCCAAUCAGUGAGAGUCGAAGAGUACUGCAAGAAUCAUGCGAAUUUUUCUUGAGGCACAAUUCCAAAGUUAAACAUAAGAAGAAGCACUACAAAUCGAGUUCGCACAGAUUGAAAGUAAUUUCUAAGUCAAUGGGAACUAGCACAGGUGGCACAACAAAUCAUGGAACUUCUGCAGUAGCAAUCACCAACCACGAUUACCUGAGCCAAGAAACUGUUGCAGAAAUUAAAACCUCUCCAGAGACAUCUGAGAAAGAGAUGGAGACGGAUGGAACAUCGGCCCAAAAAGUUGAGGAAGGUGAAAACAGUGGAAAUCAAAUGUUAAGUAGUUCUAAACUGACCGUGGAUCAGGUGGAAAAAAGAAACAAAGCAGAUAGCACGUGUGAUAUGAGCAGCUUGUCUGAGAGCCUGAGGAGAAUUGGUGAAGGCAGGGUAGCUCCUAAGAACGAUUUGAUUGAAUCCCCUGCGUUACAAAGCAGCAGUUCCCAAAUAGCUGAUGUCUCCCAGCCGGGCUCCGUGUCGCUCCUUGUCUACUCGGCUGCAGACGGCAGGAGGGAAUUGGAUUCAGGAAACAGUUCAAACCCUUGAAAGACUGACGUUUUUAUAGGAACUCUUUCAACGUAUAAAACUGAUGCGGAUUUUGUUACACUGAAAUUAACAGAUAUUCUGUGCCUUACUACAAAUCAGACACAUCUUCUUUUGCACUUAGAAAAAUGUAAGUUUUGUGUCGGGGACAACUGGCAAUAAUGCACUGUCUUUAUACCCAUCCAGGAAUAAUGGGAAUUGAAGUUCUCUGGGACACGGCUGGAUUGCGUAGCAGUAAUUUAAGAAGGAGGUGAGAGAAAUAUUAUUCCCGAUGGAAAGAACACUUCUAAAUAAAUUGCAUUGAAAUAAUGCAGAAAAAGCACUGUUCCUUUUCAAGGCGUAUGAGGUCCAUCUGCAGCUUUGAUAUCUUACCAGUUUUUUACUUUUUUUACUACUUAUGAAAUAGCAUUAUCACUUUAAGAGGUGCAUAAAGUUACUCUCUAAAUUUUAUCAUGAUGUGUCAGUUAUAGCACUGUUUUAUGGUAGUUUUUACACUGAAUCUGGAAUGAAAAUGAUUUAUUUUGUACACAGAAAUGAACUAUGUAAAUAACUGCAUAAGGCCUAUAUUUAGAGCUACUGUUUUGUAUGUACUGUACAAACGCGGCAAAGUUACCGUGCUUCCGUCAGAUGCUACUGAAGUCAGCAGUUCUGUGACGAUGGGGAAAUGUUACUUCGUUAUGAGUAAAGCAGAUGCAAAACGUGCACCAUACCCUGCACGUUUGGGCAAGGCUGGUCGGGCAGCUCCGCAUCCCGCUGCGGGGGCAGGGCGUGAGGUGCAGCGCUGCUUCAGGGGAACGCUGCUUUCAGCCCCUCCUGCUGUGCUGUCCCAGGGCACCGUGCCCAGCAGGGAAACGCUUCACAUCCUGGACAGCACAGGGGCAGAAUGCCAAGUAUGCGUUGUUUGGGGUUUUGGUGGUUUUGUUUUGCUGGCGGGGUUUGUUGUUCUUCACAGAGCUGCAGUGACAGUGUGCUUCCCUUCUGUUUCUAUGCAAGUCACUUGAAUUUUUUUUUUAAUUCUGUAGGGAAAUACCUAGCAGAAGGUAGUUAUGUUAAUAUGCAGGUUUGUUUAACAAUACAUUUAUUUAAAACGAGACCUUAAUGCUGUUUCUCCAGAGUCUGUACACUACAGCAAUAGAAUUUCUUGAACUCAAAGGCCUUAAGGCUUCCCAAGGUUCUUUUAGGUCCUGAUGAUGUGGGUGAGUUCGGUUCUUCAGCUCUUAGGAAUCCUGGCUCCAAUGAACCGAAAGCUCAGUGCAUUUGGUGGCAACAUUCAGCACCCUCUGUGUGCUUGCCAACAGGAAAAUUGCUCUUAAAUUGAUGUUCUCAUUUUGAUACCGUGCCGUGCAAUGGUGUUCCAGUUUGUGCAGCGCUCGAGGUGAUGCUUUGGACAGCGGAGCGAAAUUGCAUGGCAUGGAAGUCAUGCAAACACUGAAUGAUAAACCAAAGUUACUUGUUUUGUUGAUGAUGAAUUACAGAUAGAAUGUAUUUACCUUUCUACUGUCGUGUGUGUUUUAGCAUUUGUAAUUUAUUGCCUUAAAUAGGAUGUGCUAUUUCUUUUGUAAUUUCCCUGUUAACAAGAUGUAAUAUUCUCACUGCUGAGAAGGACAGUGAGAGAAGCCUGAGCAGGCUGUGGGCGUGCACACUGAGUACUCUUCUUUCUGUUCUGUUUGUAAACGGGUAACUUUGUACACAUGUUCAGUACUUGGGUUAUUACUGUCUUUGUUAGUAAUAAACUGCCGUAUAGUAAAAGCUUGAGUUGAUAUUUCCAUUGACUAGA